AUGUCUGCAUACACUCUCAAGCACGUCGUAUCGUUACCCACAAAACAAGCCACCCGUUUUUAUAGUGUUUGUUUCAAUAAUUAUGAUACUGUCAAUACAGCUUUUGCCGUUGUCGGAGGUCGUUAUGUUUUAGUUGCUCGCCUCGAUAGCGAAAAGUCGGUAGCUUUAAACGUUACACAAAAAUACUUUGACGAAAAUGAAAAGGAAGAUUUAUAUUGCUGUGCAUGGACUAUCGACCCAAUAUUUGGUGCACCGCUUCUCGCCGUGGCAGGAUUCACUGCCGUUAUUAAAAUUAUAAAUACGUCGGUUGGGUCCGUCACGAAGACCCUUCAAGGGCAUGGAGGCGAGAUACAUGAAAUGAAGGUCCACCCCAGGGACCCAUCUUUACUUUUCUCGGUUAGUAAAGAUCUAUCUAUACGUUUGUGGAAUCUUCGCACUAUGCAGGCCGUCGCUAAUUUCGCCGGUGAGGGCGGCCACCGUGAGGCGCCGCUAAGUAUCGAUAUGCAUCUAUCGGGAGACUUUUUUGCGUCUUCCGGAAUGGAUCACACGAUAAAAAUCUGGUCGUUGUGUACACCAAUAAUGAAGAACGCAAUAAAUUCUUCACCUUCAACUACAAAUUCAAGACUUUCAUCGGCGUCUACGUCGUCUACGUCGUCUCGUGCCUCCUCAUGUUGUUCGUCGAACAGCGCGCUGUUAAAGGCAGUGACCGUGCACUAUCCCAUAUUUUCAACAGCCGGAGUACACGGCAACUUUGUGGAUUGUAUAAGAUGGUACGGCGAUCUCUUACUGACGAGAUGUGCCAAUGAUGCGAAGAUUCUGCUUUGGAAGCCUGAUGUAAAAUUAGAGCCUUCCGAUAAUUCUAAUGUCACAACAGUGGUCGUAGGUGGACCAGCUGCCGUUAGUAAGAGACAAUCAAAUUUCAAAAUAAUUUGUGAAUUCGAAUUUAUUCAUUGUGAUCUUUGGUUCCUUCGCUUUGGAAUGUCGUAUGACUGUCAAACGCUUGCAACAGGGAAUCAAGCAGGAAAAAUUUAUUUAUGGGAUAUGAAGGAUGUCUUCGAUUACAGUGACUACUAUGUCGAAAAGAAAAGAUUAGAAAAUCAAGUGAUAAAAAAGGAAAAAGCUUCUGUAAAAAAUAAAAAAAGUAACAAAAAGACUAAUAAGAAGACGAAUAAAAAAGCCAAUAAUAAGAUUAAUAAUAAGAAUAAUGAUAAAACUAAUGAUGAUAGGGCAAGUAGUUAUGUAUCAGCAAAUGGAAGUGGUUUACGCAAGGAACCUAUUAUCCUUAGUUCAGCAUGUGACAGCACAAUUCGACAAGUUAAUUUUUCAAGGGAUAAACAAUGGAUUGCAGCGGUUUGUGACAAUGGUUCCUUUUGGUGUUGGAAAGCUGGUAGUAAAGGUGUUGGUAGUAGCGUAAUUAAUGAUAAUAGCGUAAUUCAUGAUAAUAGCGUAACUCAUGAUAAUAGCACAAUUCAACAAACAGCCAUUAAACUUGAAGAAAACCUUAGCAUGUUUGAAAAAUUGCGUGUUUGA